AUGUUAUUUGCAAACAAGUCAUGGCCAGGCGAACGAAGUGAGGAAGUAAAAGAUGAAGUUUUUCAGCACUUCUCGGAGGCUUUCAUCGAAGAUGAUCAGGAUCGGCCUACCCCUAAUGGUAUCAGCUUCAAUAGGAUCUCAGAAGACGAGAGAAUGCAAAUAGAAGCAGUGUUUAUGGAUAAUGAAAUAAAGGAGACUUUUUGGAGCUGCGAUGGUUCUAAGAGCCUGAGGCCAGACAAAUUCAAUUUUUUUUCCUAA